GUGUUCCCUGACUGCUCACGCUCUCCACAGUCUGCAGCUGUGAUAAAGACCGAGUGCGGCCUGUGCGGCAGAAGCAGCAGCACAUCAGUGCGAGCAUCAAACAGCCUGAAAGAGUCGGAUAAGGUAAUGUCCGUACCCUUGAGCAGACCGACGUUACGAGGCGAAAGCACAAGGGGCAGGGAGAGUCGGACUCCAAAGGGGGGGUCAGACGGGGAUCAAGGGCGUCUUGUUAUUUGUGAUUACUCCUCCUGGUACCUGCAAGACCGUUUUCAGAGGAGAUAA